AUGGCAAGAAAGAACAAUCGAAAAUCCAAGCGGCGUACCAGGUCCAAGCCGACAGAGCGUUUCUUAUGGAGCAACACCGAACGACUUCAACUUCGAGCAUACCUGGACUGGUGUGUGCAAUCCUGUGUAAAGUUCGAGGUCACAGCUCCUGGUUAUCUCCAAAAUGUGACGGGGAGGCAAUUCUCGAAAGAGCGCAUCCGACGAAAGCUAUAUACCGAAUGGCAAACCUAUGGAAAAUGCAACAAGUUCAAUGAUUUGUUUGAGCAAGGAACAGCCGGUCUACUUCCCCUUGAAGGCGAGGAGCAGGAAACUUUCUACCAAAUUGUCGCCAGCAUGAGUCCUGCCCAGGGAGCGCGUUGCACACGAAGCAGAUCUUUGGGUCUUGCUGCCCGGUCAGGUACUCUCUCCGCGCCUCGUUCUAUUUAUUCAAUAAGCAGCUCCAGAGAACCCAAUGAAGUGUCUACUCCACAGGCUGGCAACUCAAACGCGAUACCAGAACGGCCAAGACAAAAGAACAAAAUAAAGUCCUCUUCGGGGCCGACACGGAUGUCCUUGAAUAACGAUCUUAGUGAGGAUGAACUCACAAAAAAUGAUGGCGAAGACACGGUCAAAAGUGAGGACGAAUCCGAACUUAGUACACUUCCUUCGCCGGUACUCGAUGCCAUUGGACGUCAGCUCGCCAAUACUAUCCCCGACUCUCAAGACGACACUAUGACUAUUAUCUCGCAAGCACAGUCGAAUUCCUCCUCAGAGAUCAGAUUAAGGCAGUGUGAGGCAGAUCUCCUCCAGCAGAAGAGCCGUUCUGUCACUUUGGAAGAGCGGAUAUCCGAGCUCAAAAGAAUAAAUGACGACUUAGAACAUUGCAUUCGCCUUGCAAGCUCAGCUGAGGGUAAAAAUGUGAAGGAGGCUCAGCUUCGAAAGGAAAUUUCUAGUUUAAAAGACAAGCUUCACCGAAAACGCCUUCUUGAGGAGAACCACAAUGAUCUAGGAGCAGAUAGGCUUGGGUUCCUCAAUACUUCUCUACAUGCAGAGUAUGAGAUCCUCCAUGCAAAUAUCCGCGAUAUUUCGUCAGAUGUCUGUCAUCUGAGUUUGCUGGACAACCUCCCGGAACAGCGAACGGAAUUCUCCCCACUGGCAAAUAAUUGGGCUCAACGCAUCGGCGGGCGCGAUGACAAGCUUGGCUCUCUUCUUAGCCAUUGCGAAGCAGCUCGGAUCCCGAAGAAAGUCGUUCUAGCCUCUCUUAUAGCGGCAGGCAUCUUCGAACUAGUUCUCGAAGAUGUGUUUCCAGCCUUCCUCGCUGCUGACUCGCCACUCUUGGACCAGUAUAGAAGGCAUAUCGAAACUGAAAGUGGAUGGAAAGCACUCCAGCGACUUGAUAUUAUUUCUAUAAAAUCUCUCUUUUCAGACAGCAGCAUCAAAGACAGUAUCGUUUCGGAAAAGGCGAUGUGGCUUUCCAGCUUGGUACUGCAAGCUCUAAGCUGCUUUCUGCCGCCGGAAAGUCGUGACAUGACCCAACGUUUGACUCCCAGCAACCCAGAAAAGGCAGCUAUCAAGGGCAUGGAAGCUAUUUUGACGCAUGCGUUGGAAGUCAAGAUUGAGCUUUUGUUGUGUGUAAAACGGAUGAAGUAUUCGUUCUUCAAACCUGGUACACUAUUCGACGGGAAGAAAAUGCAGGUCGUUGAAUCUCAAGCUGGGGACUCUGCACUUCCAGGUCAAAAAGUUCAGAUAUGCUUGUUUCCUGCUCUUUUCGCCGUUCCAGAGACAACCGAUGAGACUGAAGUUGAGGAGGAGACAAGUUUAAGCGCAACUUACAGUAAGGCUUUGACAGAAGUAUCAGACAAGGAAACGGAAUCGCUGGUUCUUUUGGAAAAGGCAAUCGUAUUCCUUUAG